AUGACCGCCAUUGCGGAUACGCGCUUAUUGGAGUUGUCUAAGUUGUUGCCAACAUUUGAAAGCAUUGAAAAAUUGUUGCAAAAUGAAGUCGAAGCUCGUUAUAUACUUAAAAGCGCAGCACAGCUUAUGGGAAAACUGCAGGUGACAGCAAAUCUCGGGACAGACACAGAACAAGUGGCUUAUUUAAUACGCGCGCUAGUGGAAAAAUAUUGGGAACGUAUUCACAGCGGACAUUUCAGCAAAGUUCCAUUGACUACUCGCCAGAUUUAUGCACUAGGCUGCUACUAUAAGAUAUUUUUUUUGCUGUUCGAGGGCACUGACCCCUCUCAUCUGGAUCAGUGCAGCGCAAUCCUGGACGAGGCUCAGCUUCUGGGCUGCACAGAGAAUUUAUAUGAAGGGUCCGCUGUAUUGCAAGCAGCGCUGAUGCAGUAUUUAGACGCCGGAUUGGAUCAGAACUUGAAAACUUUGCCUAUACUGCCUGUAUUGGCGCGCCGUCCGUGUCGCUGCGAUAUAAAACAACUUGAUGGACCGUCCAUAAGUGACUUUAAGGAGCAAUGCUUUCAAGCGCUACAACCGGCAUUGCUGCUAAACACGAUCGAUCACUGGCCUGCUAGGCGCAAAUGGCGGGAUCUGAAUUAUUUGAUGCAAGUGGCCGGCAAUCGCACAGUGCCCAUAGAGAUUGGUUCCAACUACGCCAGCGAUGAGUGGUCCCAGCAGUUAGUCAAGCUGCGAGAUUUUCUGCAUCGGCAAUUUGCUCAAAGCCGCGCUGACCGGGAAAUUGAGUAUCUCGCUCAACACGAACUCUUUGCUCAAAUACCCGCUUUAAAGGCCGAUAUUUGCGUGCCUGAUUACUGCAGCUUAGGUAAGAAAGCCACAAGCGAAGUUGACAUUAAAGCAUGGCUGGGACCACAGGGCACUAUAUCGCCCCUGCAUUACGAUCCGAAGCAUAAUCUGCUUUGUCAAGUCUUUGGCUGUAAGACCAUUAUUCUAGCCAAGCCAGAGGACACUGAGAAUCUUUAUCCCCACCAAAGUGAAUUCCUUGGCAACACAUCGCAAGUUGAUGCUGUCAACUUGGAUCAGGAACGGUUUCCACUGCUUGAAAAAGUUAAGUUUUAUAACUUAGUUUUACAACCUGGCGAUUGCCUUUAUAUGCCGCCCAAAUGGUGGCAUUAUGUACGUUCGGAAACGCCAAGUUUCUCUGUUAGCUUUUGGUGGGAAUAGCUUAGACUGAUUUGAAAUAAAGCCGUCCCCGGCACACUUGAAGAAUAGCCUUCUACCGGGCCUCCUUUCCAUUAUUUCUCAACCUUAACUUCCUAAAUAACGUUGCCAAACUAAUCUGUCUGACGUUAGUUGUAUAAAGGUGCAGAUCAUACUA